AUGUCCAAGCAGCCGGAUAGCGAUUCAGGCGCACCAGCUAAGAAGAUGUUUGCCUUCCGGCAGUCAGCAUUAUCAGCGAAAGCUGAUCAGCUGUGGAAUCAAAGCAAAUCUGGCUUUGGGUUCGGUGUCACACCGUCAACACAUGUUCAGUUGGAAAAGAAAUCGUUAGAUGAUGUUCUUGGACGGAUGGCUGCUGAGAAAAAGUUGCGACAAGAGCGCGAAGAGAAAGGGCAACCAGUGUUUGUAUUUGGAUCCAAGAUAUCCGAUCGUGUUAUUCAGGAAGCACCAGCAGAAUCCUCUAACGGGAACGCUUCUGUUGGUGGGGAACUAGAAGGUUCUAGGCCUAAAACAGCAGAAGAGCUGUUCAAGUCCGCCGCUCAACAGGACAAAGCACCGGAAGAACAUGAUUUCAUUGCUGAAGCCAAGGAGGCAGCAGAGAAAAAGAAGGAGCAUGAGAAGCCAAGCACAAGCUUAGUUGCCAUCAUGACUGGAGAGGAGAACGAUAUCAACAUUUUCCAGACUGCAUGUAAACUUCAUUCAUUCGAUACGGAAAAGAAGACCUGGGUUGAGCGCGGUCUAUCACAAAUUAGGAUUAAUCAAAGAAAUGAAGAUGGAGAAGUGCAUCAUCGCAUUGUUGCUCGUACUACUGGUAACCAUCGCGUCGUUAUUAACUCUAAAGUCCAUGCCGAUAUGCUUUUUGAACGUGUUGACGCUAAAAGGUUUAAAAUCAGCGCUACUUCACCGGAUUCAAAUGGCAUGCAGAUAUUUCUAGUUACUAUUGGAUUUUCUAAAACAGCUCUGAAUAUUGAUGAGUUUUGCACUAUUUUGGAUGGACUGAUAAAAAAAGAAAAGGCGAAUGAGUCUUCUAAGCGAAAGCGGAAGGCGUCUGGAGAUCCUGGAGCUGAGAAAGUGGCGAAGAUGAAAAUUCAAGAAGAUGGUAAUGAAUCCCAGCAUGAGAAGUCUUCUCCAGAUCAAAAGCUUCAAGAAAACUCUUCUCCAUCGGAAGCUAUCGCGAGAAAUGAAAAGGAGGAGGGUGAGGAAGAUCUAAAGUCUGAGGAGAAACGAGAAGACAACACACACAACAUUCAACAUGCUUCAGCUUUGUCAGAAUAG